GAAGUUUUAGGGAAGCCAUUUAGGAGAGCGCCAUUUUGUCAGUUGAUGUCGUCGUUGUGAAAUUUGUGGUAGUAGUAUAAAACAUCUGCCGAAAUUGUCCUUGAAUUUUCGUCAUUAUACUUUAUUACUUUUAAUCAGAAAGUUUUGGCUUCUCAUAAACAGAAAUAAAUAUAAAACAUGUCAAAUGGUGGUGGAGAUCACGACGACGAGGGAUACGUUGUUAAAAUGCGUGGACUUCCAUGGUCUACAACUGUUGAUGAGAUUAUGAAAUUUUUUGGUGAUUGUUCCAUCACUAAUGGAAAAGAUGGAGUACAUAUGACUAUGUCACGGGAGGGAAGACCUAGCGGAGAAGCUUAUGUAGAAAUGGACACUCCAGAAGACAUUGAAAAAGCUUGUAAAAGGGAUAGAGAUCAUAUGGGACAUCGAUAUAUUGAAGUUUUUAAAGCAAAAAGAGGUGAAAUGGAAUGGGUAAUCAAACGAAGUGGCUUAAAUUUAGAAAAUGCAAUGGAUGAUGGCUGUGUCAGAUUGCGUGGAUUACCAUUUGGUUGUUCUAAAGAAGAAAUAGCACAAUUUUUCUCAGGGUUGGAGAUAUUGCCGAACGGGAUUUCACUACCGACAGACUACACGGGCCGCAGUACUGGGGAGGCUUACGUUCAAUUUGUUAACAAAGAUGUUGCGGAGCGCGCUCUGCAGAAACACAAGGAAAAGAUAGGACACAGGUACAUUGAAAUCUUCCGGAGUAGUUUAUCUGAAGUACGUGCUAGUAUAGGACCAAAAAUGCGUGGCGGCCCAAUGGGUGGAUUUAAUCAGAGACCUACACCUUAUGAUCGUGGUGAUCGUUUUGGGGGCAUGAAUCGUUUCAGUAAUAAUGGUAGAGGAUCUAGAAAUAGAGAUUUUGAUAGUGGUCCUUGGGGAAGUGGAAAUAAUUUCAGUUCGCGUGGAAGUGGAAUGGGUAUGCGUGGUGGAAUGGAUAUGAAAGGAGGAAAUUUUAGAGGAAGUGGUGAUAAUUGGGGUAGCAAUACUGGAGUUCAUAGUAUACAUAUGAGAGGUUUACCAUUCAAAGCGACGGAGGAUGAUAUAGCAGAUUUUUUCAGACCUGUUGUACCGAUUAAUGUUAAAAUUCUCUUGGAAAAUGGUGGACGUCCAUCUGGUGAAGCAGAUGUGGAAUUUGAAACCCACGAAGAAGCAGUUAGAGCAAUGUGCAAGGAUAAAAGUCACAUGUCUUACAGAUAUAUUGAGUUAUUCCUUAACUCUAGCAGUAGUUCUAGUGGAAUGUCUUUGGGUGGUAUUGGAAACUUUUGUGGAGGUUUGGGUAAUAACUUUAGGCCAGGAUAUUCUCCAAAUAGAGGAUUCAGCAGUCAAUUAGGAGGUAGUAAUUACAACAGUUUUUGAGAUUCAAUGCCAGGUUUCUUACGUUCUAUACGAA